UAAUAGAUUCUAAUUUUUAAAUAGGAUAGUUCUAAAUUCAACUAGAAUCCAUGAUCCAUGGCCAUAGCACUAGUCUUUAUCCCCGUUAAAAUAUCACAAAAACUUAGGUAAAAAUGUGAAAUGGUAGAAGCACUAACAAAAUAAAAUAAAAUGGAAGCAGGUAGGCCAUAGUCUGAUUGACAUUAUACAUGACCUGACCUCAGCCGUAUCUGUAUUCGUUCAGCUGAUCUCCAAGCUUUUUCUCCCGUUCUUGAUUGCCGAUUCACAAAUGGCGGAAGCUGUCAUCACUGCAGCCGUAGAAGUGGCUCUAUCAAAGGCCAUCUCCCUCCUUGAAGACCAAGUCAACCUUGCAUGGGAUUUCAACGACAAGCUGAACAAGCUUCGUUCCUUACUAGUUCUCACUCGAGCUUUCUUGCAAGAUGCAGAGAGGAGGCAAGUUGAUGAGGCUGUCAAAGUCUGGUUGGAGCAGCUUAGGGACAUCGCUUAUGAGGCGGAUGAUGUAUUGGAUGAGCUUGCUUACGAACAUGUCCGCCGGAAGGUGGACAACCAAAUGAGUAAAAAGGCUAGGGAUUUCCUUUCCCCCUCCAAAAAUCACCUGGCAUUUUCUCUAAAGAUGGCUAAAAAGGUUGAGAAUAUUAGCCUUUCACUGGAUGAGAUUACUGAUCGGGCCUCCAAAUUUGGGCUCCAACAAAGACUUCAAAAUACGACGGCUCCAGUAUUUAGUGGAGUAGGAGGAGGCACCAACUCCUUCCUUGACUCAUCACGAGUUGUUGGAAGGGAAGCUGAUGUCUUAAAAGUAGUUGAUCUCUUGAUUAGCUCAGCCACUCACCAAAGUUUGUCAACAGUAUCCAUUGUAGGCAUGGCAGGCUUGGGUAAAACUACUUUAGCAAAGGCAGUGUGCAAUAAUGGGACAAUAAAGAAACAUUUUAAGACAAUAAUGUGGGUUUGUGUAGCAGAGAACUUUGAUGUCCGGAGGAUUUUGUUGGAGAUGUUAGAAUCUCUAACUAGAAAACCCUGUGAGAUCAAGAACGAGGAUGUUUUACUUCGAGAAAUUCAGAAGGAGUUGAAAGAAAAGACCUUCCUUCUUGUCCUCGAUGAUGUGUGGGAUGAGGAUAUUAAAAACUGGUUGGACUUAAAAGGGCAGUUUGCUGGGCAUGAAGGAAGUAAACAAAGUUGCAUUCUGGUCACAAGUCGUAGUGAAAAUGUUGCAUUAGUAAGGGAAUCACCUCCUUAUCAUCGGCAUCAUCUUAAGAUGAUGAUAGAUGAAGAGUGCUGGUCCAUUAUCAGAGAAAGAGCAUUCGGAAACUCUUCAAUAUCUCCAGAAUUGGAAGUUAUUGGAAGGGAUAUUGCUUGUAAAUGUGGAGGUGUGCCACUGGUGGCAACUGUUAUAGGAGGGACGAUGUGCAACACAUGGUAUAAAGAUGAGUGGGUCUCGCUCAGGGAUAGUUCUAUUUGGGGUUCUUUGGAAAAGAAUGAAGGUAUUGUUCGUGUUCUGAAAUUAAGUUUUGAUCGCUUGCCUUCCUUGUAUUUAAAGCAAUGUUUUGCCUAUUGUUCCAUUUUUCCUAAAGAUUUUAGGAUACAAAGGGAGGAACUGAUUCAGCUUUGGAUGGCUGAAGGCUUUCUUCAACGAUCCAAAGGAAGUUCACAACUGGCCUUUGAGGAUAUUGGUAAUGAGUACUUCAAUGACCUGUUAUCAAAUUCCUUAUUGCAAGAUGUGGAGAAGGAUCUGUACGGACGUAUCAUAAGUUGUAAGAUGCAUGAUUUAGUUCAUGAUCUUGCCCAGUCCAUUUCUGAUAUCAAACGACAAAAUGUGUUUGAUGAUGUGAAAUUGUGGCACUCUUUGUUCUUGAAUUCUAGCUUCACCUUCAUUGGAAAAGACUUCAAAGGAUUGCGGGUUCUUAAAUUUGGCGGUGCUGAUAUUGUAUCAUUGCCAGAUUCAAUUGGCAAGCUAAGGCAUUUGAGAUACUUUGAUAUCUCAAGAACUCGCAUACCUAGACUACCCAAGUCCUUUACUCAGCUCUACCUUCUGGAGACGUUAAGAUUAUUGAGCUGCGAAAUGCUCAAAAAACUUCCUGAAGGAAUGAAAAAUUUAGUUAACUUGAGGCAUUUAUAUAUCAGUCAUGGACGUCAUGUUCCUAUUGGGAUAGGAUGUCUAAUUAGUCUUCAGACUUUGCCAGUAUUUCAUGUGGGUACAGAAAGGGGAACUGGAAUUGGAGAAUUGGGUUUUUUAGUUGAAUUAGGAGGAGAAUUGGUGAUAGAGGGUCUUGAGAAUGUUAUAGACAAAGAAGAAGCUAGGGGAGCAAAAAUGUGGGAGAAGAAGAAAUUACACAAGUUGCGGUACCGGUACCGAUGGGACAACCGGAAGGAAGGGUACUGUAAUCAUGAUGAGGAAGUAUUGGAAGGGUUGGAACCUCACUCAAACUUGGAAAGCUUAAGUAUUGAGAGUUAUAAGGGGGAGUACUAUCCAUCAUGGCUGUUAGGGAACUUUUGUGGUGAGCCAAAUACUUGUUUUCAACUCAUGAAUAUGGUUGAGUUGAGACUAUUAGAUUGUAAGAAUGUGAAUGAUCUUCCAAGUCUUGGGCAAUAUCCCAGUCUUAAAUUUCUUGAAAUAGGAGGUUUAUACCGUGUGAGGUGUGUAGGAAAUGAAUUUUAUGUGAAUGUUUGUGAUAAGAAUAAGCCAAUCAUCUUAUUUCCAGCAUUGCAAAAUUUCAUCCUAAGGAAUAUGCCUGAAGUAGAAGAAUGGUUAGAAGUGGAGCCAACGAUUCCUGUGUUUCCUUCACUACUAGUGUUGGAAAUUGUAGGUUGUGACCAUCUGAACAGUAUUCCAAGAAUGAGUAGAUUUUCUUCUCUUGAGACCAUCAUUAUUCAAAACUGCGAGAAGUUAAGUUGGAGAGACAAUGAACUGUUUCCCUCUAGGCUUAAAGAACUAAGAAUAACAGACCGUUGGAACUUAAGGUUCAUUCCAAGUGUAGAGGGUGGUAUCUCUUUUCUUCAACAACUUCAUGUGAUGUGGUGUAAAAAAUUAUGUAAAAUAGGAGAGGGACUGCUCACCUCCACAUGUCUAACAGAUGUGGACAUAAGUGAAUGUCCUAAUUUGAGGUCUGCUCCUUUCAAUGGCCAAUCUCAAUCUCUUUUGAGUCUUCGAUUACGCAACUUUGAAGAAUUACUGGAGAUAGAGGGCGGAUUAUCUGCAAGCACAAGAUUGGAAACGUUAGAGAUUGCAAAUUGUCCUAUUAUGAUUUCAAUUUCCAGCUUAUAUGGUUUCUCUUCUCUUUUAGAAUUAGAGCUGAAUAAAUGUGAAGCAUUAACAAGUCUACCAUCUGGAUUGUCAACUUGUACUUCUCUUUGGCGUUUGUUCAUCUACAACUGCAAUAAUCUGGAGUCAAUUCCAGAGGAUGUAGGACAAUUGCGUUGUUUGGAGGAAUUGCGUAUUUGUGAUUGCCAAAGCAUGAAAAGGCUCCCAGAAGAAAGCCUUGGGUGCCUCACAAGUUUGAAGAGAUUAGAAUUGGGUCCCUUCUCAGAAGAGCUAGAGGAAUUCCCAGGUCUGGGUUCCAUCCACCACCUCCACUCUUCCCUUAAAGAAUUGACAUUGUGGGGAUGGGAUAAACCAUGCGCUUUGCCAAAUCAACUUCAACAUCUCACAGCACUUGAGCGAUUAUUGAUUAAUGACUUCAAUGGACUGAAAGUUUUGCCGGAGUGGUUGGGAAAUCUCUCCUCCCUUCGAGAGUUGAGUUUUGACCGUUGUAACAAUUUGGAGCAUGGGCCAUCCAAGGAAGCCUUGCAACGCCUCUCCAAUUUGCAAUUGUUUCGUAUACCCGAUUUCCCAAGCAAUUUAGGGGUGCUGACCGAUUUUGCGGUUUCAGGGAAAAGGUAAAAUUGUAAUAUAAUUAGUUUAUAAGGAAACACUUGCACAUAUGGUUCGCUGUAAUGGAAUAGAGUUGUAAAGGAAUAAAGUUAUAAUCAGUAAUUUAAUUGUUUGGUUGAAUGGAAUGGAAUAGAAUUGUAAUGAUAUUCUUAUGUUUGGUUGCACGUUUGGUUCGCUGUAAUGGAAUAGAGUUGUAAUAGAAUAAAGCUGUAAUCAAUAAUUCAAUUAUUUAGUUGAAUGAAAUGAAAUAGAACUGUAAUUAUAUUCUUAUGUUUGGUUGCACGUUUGGUUCGCUGUAAUGGAAUAGAACUGUAAUGGAAUAAAGCUUUAAUUAGUAAUUCAAUUGUUUAGUUGAAUAGAA